AAUCAUGUAAUUGACUCAUCUCAAAGAUGCUGAUUGAACUAGUUGUGUUUUUUAUAACUGCGCUAUUAACUUAUGCGUUUUACAACAACAAAAAGUUAAAAGACUACUUCCAUGACCGGGGCAUCAAAUAUGUCCCGGGAUUACCGGUUUUCGGUAAUGCCUUUAAUAGCAUGUGGAAGAAAAGGCACAUGGUUGAAGAUAUAGAUGCUGUGUAUAAAGCGUUCCCGGAUGAAAAAUAUGUGGGGUACAUGGAAGGUACGAAGCCGAUUAUAAUGCUCCGAGACCCGGAGAUCAUCAAAGCGGUCACAGUCAAAGAUUUCGACCAUUUUGUUGAUCACAAGGAUAUCGUGCCGGUCGAGGUGGAACCUCUGUUUGGGGAUAGCAUGUUUAGUAUGAAAGGUGAUAGAUGGCGAGACAUGCGUACCACGUUGAGUCCAGCUUUCACCAGCUCUAAGAUGCGUUUGAUGAUGCCCUUCAUGACAGAAAUAAGUUCUAAUAUCGUGGAGUAUAUUAAAGAUCACAUUGACGAAGACAUAAACAUUGAUGAUCUAAUAAGGAGAUACACGAAUGACGUCAUAGCUUCAACAGCAUUUGGCCUGCAAGUCAAUUCCCUCAAGGAUAAAACUAAUAAGUUCUACACCUUGGGCCAGCAGAUUUUUAACUUUACUUUCAUCAGCCGUAUCCUCUUCAUCUUCACAAUCACGUUCCCGCAUUAUGCGAAGAAAUUAAAAUUAGCGAUAUUCCCUCGUGAAACGACAUCGUUUUUCAAGAACAUUGUAUUCAGCACUAUGGAGCACAGAGAGAAAAAUAAUAUAGAGCGACCCGAUAUGAUACAACUAUUAAUGGAAGCUUCCAAAGGUAAGCUCAAAUUGGAAGAUGAACCGAUUCAAGACGUUGCUGAAGUACCAGAAUAUGACUUUAAACCUAAAGCAAGUACAAGAGUCUGGUCGCAGAACGAGUUAGUGAGCCAAGUAUUUCUUUUCUUCAUCGCUGCCUUUGAAAGCUCAGCGUCAACUCUUUCUUUGCUCGUACAUGAAUUGGCAUUAAACAAAGAAAUUCAAGAUAAAUUAUACCAGGAGAUCAGAACUUACCAAGAGAAAAAUGGAAGUUUGGUCUACGAGAAAAUUAGUCAGCUCAAGUAUUUGGACUGCGUGUUGAAUGAAUCUCUAAGGAAGUGGGCUGUUGCAAUAGCAUUGGAUCGUGUUUGUACAAAAUCUUAUGAAUUACCUCCACCGAGAGAGGGAGGAAAGCCUUGUGAGCUAAAGCCCGGAGAUAUCCUGUAUUGUCCAGUGAAUUCACUCCACAUGGAUCCCAAAUUCUUCCCAAAUCCAGAAGUUUUCGAUCCGGAAAGAUUCUCAGAUGAAAACAAACAGAAUAUUAAGCCUUUCACUUACCUGCCUUUCGGAAUUGGACCGAGAGUCUGUAUUGGUUUUCGAUUUGCCAUGAUGGAAUUGAAGGUGCUUCUAUAUAACUUAGUGUUAAACUUCGAAAUAAAUAAAUGCCCAAAAACAGCGGACCCCAUAGAACUUGCUCCAGAGGAUGUUAAAAUUAUGGCCAAAGGUCAGAGCUGGGUGAAAUUUGCAGCAAGGAAAUAAAUCUUUUUGUUUUUUUUCAUUUCCUUGUGUUUGUAUGUGUUAUAUUAAAAUGUGUAUAACUUGAA